AUGAAAUCGAAUGGCAUAAUUCAUUCCGACCGAAUUAUGAAGGCAAUGAAUUCCGUCGACAGAGGCAAUUAUGUACCUAGGAAAUCGGAAGCAUACGAGGAUUCUCCACAGCUUAUUGGGCAUGGGGCGACGAUAAGCGCACCGCACAUGCACGCGUAUGCAACGGAACAUUUAUUGCCAUAUCUUCAUCCAGGAGCGAAAGUACUCGAUAUCGGAAGUGGGUCUGGUUACCUUGUGUCAGUCCUUCACGAACUUGUCAGUCCGGGUGGGAAGGUUGUUGGCAUAGAUCAUAUCCCUGAACUGGUUGACUCUUCUAUUCACAAUCUCAAAAAAGAUGGGCGAGGAGAAUCCAUCGAAAACGGAGAGAUCAUAAUGAUUGCAGGAGAUGGGAGGCUUGGAUAUCCUUCUGCAGGGCCAUAUGAUGCAAUUCACGUCGGAGCUGCAGCAUCUAAAGUUCCACAGGAAUUGAUAGACCAACUCGCAAAACCCGGACGGAUGUUCAUUCCUGUAGGCGACUACUCCCAAUACAUAGAGCAUAUCGAUAAAGAUGAGCAUGGGAAUGUAACACGCUCUCAAGUAAUGGCUGUUCGGUAUGUUCCCCUCACUGAUAAAGCCCUGCAAACUGGUGGCCCUAUGAAUUGA